GUGUAAACAACUGUGAUGUUUAGGUUUGAGCAAAGCAUAAUGUUGACAUUAAUAGAAUUUUUUUUACAUCCUUAAUAUCGUAUAGUUUUGUUUUGUUGGAUUGUGUUGUGUUCCCCGAAAGUCAUUAUUUUAAGACGCUAAUUCGCAGAAAUACUGUUAUGAAAGAAAUUAAAGACUUGAACGUAUUGUAGGUGCUGUAAGGAUGUCUAGUUCAAAGAAGCGGUCAUUUGAAACUGACAGCAGCUCGGAUGAUGAUGGCUGGGUUGGGCCACUUCCUUCUGAAGCUGCAGAACCAUCAAAACCAAAGAAGGUCAAAGUUCUGAAAUAUGAGCAGCUGUAUUUAGAUAAUUUACCUUGUUCUGAAUCCUAUGAGAGAAGCUACAUGCAUCGUGAUGUUGUUACACAUGUUGUUGUUACUAAGACAGAUUUCAUCGUUACUGCGAGCUGUGAUGGUCACAUAAAGUUCUGGAAAAAGAUUGAGGAACUGAUAGAAUUUGUUAAACAUUUUCGUAGUCAUCUAGGUCCUGUGCAGGAUCUGGCGACCAAUUGCAGUGGUUCCCUUCUAUGUUCAAUUUCAACAGAUAAAUCAUUGAAGGUGUUUGAUGUUGUCAAUUUUGAUAUGAUAAACAUGAUGCGUCUUGACUACACUCCACUGUGCUGUGAAUGGAUCCAUUGCCCAGGUGAUGCAAUUUCAGCUCUUGCUGUGUCUGAUGCAGCCACAAAUAAAGUAUAUAUAUAUGAUGGACAGGGAACUAAUGUACCUUUGCAUGUGUUUGAGAAACUUCACACAAAACCUGUAGUCACAAUAAAGUAUAAUCCAGCGUAUGAAGUUGUAGUUUCUGUAGAUCAGUCUGGCAUUUUGGAGUAUUGGACAGGUCCAAAAACUGAAUACAAAUUUCCUAAAUGUGUUUCAUUUGAUUCCAAACUAGACACUGAUCUGUAUGAAUUUGCAAAGCAUAAAACAUUUCCGACAGGACUCUGCUUUUCACCAGAUGGAAAGAAGUUUGCGACACUAUCAUCUGACAGGAAGGUUAGGGUAUUCAACUUCUUAUCUGGUAAACUGAGUCGUGUUUUUGAUGAGUCAUUGCAGAGAUUUACAGAACUCCAACAGAUGCGUCAGCAGCUUCCCAACAUGGAAUUUGGUCGAAGAAUGGCUGCCGAACGUGACCUUGAGAAAUCUGAUGCAAUCAAUCUUGCUAACAUUGUAUUUGAUGAAAGUGGAUACUUUAUAAUGUAUGCAACAAUGCUGGGGGUAAAAGUUGUUAAUUUAUUUACUAACAGAUGUGUCCGCAUGAUUGGUAAACCAGAAAACUUGAGACUCCUGAAGUUGGCAUUGUUUCAGGGAAGAGGAAGAAAGUCUAAAGCUGCUGUUACAGUGGAAAUGGAAGCAUCAGAAAAUCCAACCCUUGAUUCCAUACGAGCUGACCCGAUACUCUUCUGCACUGCAUUGAAGAAAAACCGAUUUUAUAUGUUUACAAGGCGUGAACCAGAAGACGCAAAGAGCCCAGAUGCAGACAGGGAUGUAUUUAAUGAAAAACCAUCAAAGGAAGACAUUAUAUCUGCAACAGAAGCCUCAGGUGUUCAGCGCAUCUAUGACAGUGCUAUCAUUCAUACUGCAAUGGGGGAUAUUCAUGUGAAAUUAUUUUCAAAAGAAUGUCCACGUGCUGUUGAAAACUUUUGUGUACACAGCAAGAAUGGUUACUAUAAUGGACACAUAUUUCAUAGGGUAAUUAAAGGCUUCAUGGUGCAGACUGGUGACCCCACAGGUACUGGAACUGGAGGGGAAAGCAUAUGGGGUGGUGAAUUUGAAGAUGAAUUUCACCCUACUUUAAGACAUGAUCGACCAUACACUUUAAGCAUGGCAAAUGCGGGGCCAAAUACAAAUGGAAGCCAAUUCUUUAUAACUGUGAUUCCAACUCCUUGGUUGGAUAAUAAACAUACAAUAUUUGGACGUGUAGUGAAAGGUAUGGAAGUGGUUCAGAACAUCAGUACUGUCAAAACCAACCCCAUGACUGAUAAGCCAUAUGAUGAUGUUCAAAUAAUCAGCAUAACACUGAAGUAAAUUGAAUUAUUUGAGGUUACUUUGAUUAAAGCAUGGAGGCAAAUUCCAUGAAAUGCUAAGAAAGCAAUUGAGGCCUGUCUGUUAACAAGAAAAAAUUUAUUAGAAAAGUGAUAACUGCAUUUCAGAGAAGAGUGGAAUCACAACAUAAGUCAUGUCAGAGCAAAAUUACUUUGUAUAAUUUAUAUUACGUUUUAAUUUGUGAUGGAUUAUAGACAAUUCAACCCAUAUUAUGUGCUUCAUAUUUUUCUAGAAAUACAUUUGUUACAACAGUGAACAAAUGAUUGUAAUUUCUAUGAAAUACAAAAAGUAUUAAAAAAGGAAAGCUAA